GAACAAACUUUACAAUUCAUGGGAGAUGAACACGAGUUGAUUGGAAACAAGAUUAAUGAUCCAAGUGAACCGGGGAUAUACACCAAGUUAAUACUCCCCAAUGGAAUUCAACUCACGUUUGGUCAAGUGAUAGCGUUAGCUGGGGAUUUUUUUGCUUUACCUAAUGCACCUAUCAUCACAGUUCAUGGUAAAGGGGAUGGAAAGAAGCCUUGUCGUUGGGGUGGAAAGAAGCCUUUUCCUGGGGGUAGAGUGAAGCCCAUUCCGGGGUGUGAAAACAAGCCAUAUCCUGGGGGUCGAAAGAAUCCUUAUCCUGUGGGUGGAAACAAGCCUUUUCCUGGGGGCGGAAAGAGGCCUUAUCCUGGAGGUAGAAAAAAGCCUUAUCUUGACCUCAUGACCGAAAGAGUGCCUUAUGAUGCAUUCAAGACCGGAACUGUUAAAGCAACGCCGGAUGAACGCAAACGAUUCAUGGGAGCUUAUGCCACACUUGCUAGUGUGCCACGUAAAUCGAUUGAGAAACAAGUGGCCACGCUUGUAACAAUGAUCGGGGAAGACCUGCUUGUGAGGAGAUAUCACAACGGUACACUUCAUACUAAUGCUCAAUAUGCAUAUGUUACUAACGGCAGAAUGUUAAAACUGGCAGCGAUUAAUUUCGACCAUUUUGAGCCACAAGCGCCGAGAGCCUACCUCGUUGGUCAUCAGUUAGCGAUGGAAAAAGCCCGAGAGGCGGCAAAGGAAAAAGAUCCUGACAUGCACAAAGAAGAAAAUGUUGAACGAGUCUCCCUCUAUAGAUGCUUUUGCUUGUCACUUUCUCACAGAUUGUUUCUCAAGCGGUCGUAUGAG